GCUGGAGGAGGAGGGAGGGGAGGAGGCAGCUGGAGGAGCUGAGCUCCUGAGGCAGAGACAGAUCCCGUUUCCAGUGGGACAGAGCAGCGUGAGCCUUGGGCCCCACCUCCACCACCACCAUGUUGGCCUGUCUGCAGCGGACCCAGAACCCGCCCCCGCAGCACCUCCCAUGCCCCAACAAGACCUUGGAGCUCCGGAAGUGUGAGCCGGUGAGCUCCACGCAUUCCCCGAGGUACCCGAGCCCAGCUGAGUUGGACGCCUAUGCCCAGAAGGUGGCCAACAGCCCCCUCAGCAUCAAGAUCUUCCCCACCAACAUUCGCGUCCCGCAGCACAAACACCUUAGCCGCACGGUCAAUGGGUACGACACGACGGGCCAGCGCUACAGCCCCUACCCGCUGCACGCCAGCGGCUACCAAGGCCUGCUGGCCAUCGUCAAAGCGGCGGUCUCCUCCUCCAGCUCUGUCUCUGCCCCUGCUGCUGCUGCCUCCUCCUCCUCCUCCUCCUCUUCCUCCUCCUCCUCCGGCAAAGGUGUGGUCAAGAGCGUGGAGGGCAAGCGGACGAAGCUAUCGCCUGCGGCUGUGCAGGUGGGCAUCGCGCCCUACCCCUUGUCGAGCACUUUAGGGCCCAGCGCCGUCCACCUGGGCUACCACGGGGGGCAGAAGCCGCUGGAGGGACCUGCCCCGCCCCCUAACGUCACGGUGGCCGCCUCGGUCAUCCCUCUGGCCGGGCGCGGGCUGGCACUGCCCCCGUCUAACCUGCCCUCCAUUCAGAGUAUCAUCUACCAGGUCAACCAGCAGUGCCAGGCACAGGGCUCCCAGGCGGCCUGCCAGGGGGGAGCGGUCACUCACCCGAGCCCGGCCAAGCGCACCGCGGCGGCCACCCCCGCCGGCUUCUCGGGCGUGGCUGGGUCCGCCAUGGCCUACGCCAGCGCCAUGCUGCCCGACUGCCGCAAAGGGGCCGAGCUGGUCGUGGGGGCCACGCCGGCCAUGGCCCUGGGGGGCCUCAAGCCCGCCGGGUACCCGGAUGGCAGCGGGGCCGGCCUGGACUAUUUAAUCUGGCCCCAAAAGCCGCAGCAGCAACUGCGGCUGUACAGUGGGGGCAGCGGUGGGGGCGGGGCGGUGAGCAAGUCCCCCGACGUGUGCGGGGGCGGGGCGGGGGCGGGGGCCGCGGCCGCCACCCGCCCCCCCUACCUCCUGAGCGGGGCCGCCGGGGACAAAGUGAGCUCCUCCCCAUUGAACUGCGUGGGCAUGCACGGGAACUUCUCCGUGGGCCCCUACUUCGCGCCCCCGUGGAACAGCAUCCUGGUCACCCCCAACAGUGACUGUUACAACCCCGGGCCGGAGGUGGGCCCGGGAGCUCGGGAGCUGGCUGUGCACCCGGCCGACGCGCUGUCGGGCCUCCCCAGCAAGACGGCAUGCAACACGUCCAUCCUGAGCAGCAGCCUGCAGUCCCUGGAGUACCUCAUCAACGACAUCCACCCGCCCUGCAUCAAGGAGCAGAUGCUAGGCAAAGGGUACGAGACGGUGUCCGUCCCCCGGCUUCUGGACCACCAACACGCCCACAUUCGCCUGCCCGUCUACAGAUAAGGCCCGGGGGGGCUCUGGUCCGGACAGACAGACGAGGAGGGCAGGGAACGGGCCGGAG